UUUUGCUCGGUCCUUGCAGUGAGAGAGCAAAAUAAUUAGUUUAUGUUGUACAAACUUUAGGUUUAUUUUGUUGCAAAAUUCUUCUGAAGCUCGUCAUGUUUGUUGUCCUCGUUUGUUUCUUACCUUUCGAAUGUUGACAAUUUUGGCUCAGUGUAUCAAAAUAUCGUGUCUUCCAUGUGUUUUUUCAUGCAGUGGAACAGUUUUGUGUUAGUUUUCAGAAUCUUUUACCAAAAUGGGUGCAAAACAGAGUACGAACAACAACAAUGCACGAGAUCAGCCUGGUUCCAGUGGAUCCCAAAUGGCUAGUACGUCUGGCACAAGUGGCUUGGGGGUUUUAAAUCUUCGUCAAAGGGACGGCGGUAGUAGCUCAAGUAGCGGAUCCGAAUCUCGUCAGAGAGCACGGAGUUUAUCAAACGUCUUAAAUGGACAUUCUGGACAGCCUAUAAGUAUAUCUCCUCAUCAUGGUGCAUUUGAAAUAUCGGGAUCCCCCGAAUCUGACAGGAGCGUACCAGUGGAAAUACCAAUUAGUCGUGUGUAUGCCGCCCAUUCUUUACCUGUGCAGUUGGUUUCAUUUCAUGGAAUCAAGUGCCCUGUUUGUUCAAAAUUUGUACCACCUGAUGACGUGGAGUGCCAUUUAGUUAUGUGUCUUACAAAGCCAAGAAUAAUUUAUAAUGAAGAUGUUUUAAUAGAAGACAAAGGUGAAUGUGUGAUUUGUUUAGAAGAGCUAACUCAGGGCGAUACUAUAGCCAGAUUACCUUGCCUCUGUAUAUAUCACAAGGUUUGUAUUGAUGCCUGGUUCAAAGUUAAUCGCUCUUGUCCCGAGCAUCCUCUGGACUGAGACUUUCAGAGACUUAUAGAUACAUCUGUGAUUAAUGGCUGUAUAUUGUGUGUAGAUUAUGAAGUUUUCUUUCGUUUGCCAUUAUAUGCUAUUUUUGACUGAAACAGAACAACUUGUUGUAUGUUAUGAGAUACAGACUAUAUAUGGAAUAUAUUAACAUUUUGUAGCGCCUUUAAUCAAGUGCUUAUCUUUUGUAAAGCACUUGCAUUUCCAAAUCAGCAGUCGGUGCUGUUUCAUCUGAAAAUAAGCAAGAAGGGGAAAAAGUGCGAAGUUUUUAGAGCGUCAAUAAAAUAAAGUUUGUAUUAAGAAAACAUUAAAAUUGAAAAUUUACUACAAGUGUAUCAUUGAUGUUCCCUGAAGACUAAUCAAUUAUCUUGAUAUAAGUUUACUUGAUAUUUUUUAUCCAUGCUUCACUGCAUCAGUCUGAUAUGGCCUUAAACAUCUCUAUAAAAACCUGUUAUUGUCAUCAAAUUAAAAAACUUAGCAAAAAAGGGAUUUGAUCUUUUUUUUCUUCUUUACUUGCAGUUUAAAGCUGUAAUUUCCAGAAACAAAUUUUUGUAUUCAUCAUUGUAAAUUUUGUGCUUAGUAAAGUGUUCUAUUGA